AUGUUUCGAGUUCAGGCCUUCUUGAUCAGCCUGAGCUUGUUUUCCGUACCAUGUUCGAGCCAAGAAGAUCCCAUGACGUUGUGGCAGCGAGAGCGGGACAACAGAUACUCGUUCAACUCCCUCGAUGAAUCCGGGAACGUCACAGGACCUAGCAACGACCAAGUGAAAUUUUUGGUGCUCGCUUCAAACACCGUGAGACCAGGACAAAUCUUCCGUGUGCAUGUGCAUCUGAUAAAGUCGCCGUAUGCUCUCGUUAUCCGCUCGUCGCUGUCAUGCGAUGGGGCCGAGGUGGCGGCUGCCCUCGAGGAGCUCGACGCCGGCAUGAGUACUGUUAUGCUUCUUCAGGUACCAGAAAGUUCGAAAUCCGGGCGGUACAUCUUCCGUGCUCAAGGAAACACCGGCGGUGCUCUAGGAGGCACCGCUUUCUGGGAGGAAAGAGAAAUAUAUUUCAGACCUCAAUUUCUUACAAUCCUGAUCCAGACUUCGCAACUGGUCUACAACAUCGAACAGAAAAUUGGCGCCCGCAUAGUCCUCCUGACCACAGAACUGAAACCCUACGAGGAUCCAAUCGACGUCUAUCUUCUGGAUUCGCGAGGCAUCAUUAUGAAACGCUGGACAUCGCGAUAUCCGUACCUGGGUGUCGUGAGCAUAUCGUUCACGUUGCCCGAGGAAUACGAAGCCGGCUGGUGGACGAUACGAGCACAGGUCCUGAAUCAGGUCGAAGAGAAACGAAUUCUGUUAGAGAGAUGGUACACCGAGCGAUUCGAUGUCUAUGUAUCGAUGCCGCCCUACGCAUUGACGUCCGAUGAAUAUUUCGAGGGGGAUAUAUCAGCGAAUUUCACCGCCGUAGCGCCUACGUACGGCAAUCUCACCGUACGAGUGAUACUCAAACCCUUCAGCGCUUCUACCAAAUCCAGGAAACCUAUAGCCUUGCUCGAUAAGUUCAUCGAGGACUACGUACACGAUUUCCGGGGAGCCCAUCAUUUCAGGUACUCGAUGAGAACCUUAGAAUCCCUUGCUCUGCCCUACCGUCUAUCGGACUGCGAAGUCGAAGUUCAUGCGAGCGUCGGUGAACGUUACAUCGACGUGAUCGUCGACGGCUUCUCCAAAGCUAGAAUCGUCAACGAUUCCAUAUCGGUGUACAUACUGGGUGAUAAACCCCUGACAUUCAAGCCCGGCAUGGAGUUCGUCUUCUACGUUCAAGUUAGCUACAACAAUCACGUGAAGCUGCCCGAGGAUCGCUUGAGGGACGCCAACGUGUCUGUCACGCUCUCGGCUACCGGGGAUUACGGUCGCCGCGAGAUGAGAUACCGCGAUCACAUUCUGGAUUCGAAUGGAGUGGCGAAGAUACGUGACAUGGUCCCGGAGAAGACCGAUCGAGUGAUCAUACGAGCAGUCUUCACACUCGAUGAUUCGAGGACGGCAUCUGCGGAAGAGAUCAUGGUCGCCUUUCACCGGCCUGACAAUCGUCAGCUUCAAAUAUCAACCAGCACGACGGAUGGCGUGGCCGGCGAAUACGCCAUACUUCAUGUCCGGUCAAACUUCAAUCUGGAAUACUUCUAUUACUUGACAAUAUCGAAGGGAACAGUGCUCCAACACGGCAAGAAAACCGUUCUGGGUCUGGACCAUACCGCGACUACGUUCGCUCUGCCCUUGAGCCCCGAGAUGUCGCCCUCAUUACGAGUCGUAGUUUAUUUCGUGGAUGAAUCGAAGGACGAACUCAUUUCGGACUCGAUAAGCAUUCCCGUACGAGGCAUCAACAGAGGCAGUUUCCGUAUAUGGAUAAACAAACAACAGGAUAGGCGGGGAGACUUGGUUGAAGUUGUGGCAAACUAUACCACCGAAGCGAUCGUGUGCUCUACCAGCUUGGACACGGACUUGAUCGCGAAUCAAGGUCGGAACGAUAUAACUCCCACGGGCGUGGUCCGAGCCCUUCAUCGAAUGGAGACCAAUGGCACUUCUCUCGUCGGCGGUGUAGCCAGGGACCCUGACGGCGGAUCAGACGAGCUAUUCUUCUAUGCAACGCCGAACUCCGCUGUAGAUUCCAACUCUACUUUCACAUCCGCAGGCUUGGUCAUUUUCACUAAUCUCUACGUGGCCCAAGUGCUCGAUACGUCGUGCAAUACGACGGGGAAACUGGCUUGCAAGACCGGACUGCAUUGCUACUUGCCGAUCGAGAGAUGCGACGGAUAUCGGCAGUGCGAGGAUGGCUCUGACGAGUCCGGUUGCGAAGACAUACUCGCCGAUGAUGAAGAUUCCUUCAUCUUCCACGUCUACCGCAGGAAUCGGUUCAAUAACUUCUUCGAUGCCACAGGCAGCAUGUUUGGUUAUCAUGAUAUAUUCAUGGGGAAUCUACGACAAAUUUUCACAAAGACUCAAGUCCCGAAAGCGGCGACUCUCUACCACGUGAACGCUAUCGCCGUCAGUAAGCAAUUCGGCUUCCAAGUGCUUGAAGCUCCCGUGCUGCACGACAGCACUCGGCCAUUCUUCAUGACCACCGAGGCGCCCGGUGAGGCGGUUCUCGGUGAGCAAAUCGGGCUUCGCGUAUUCCUCUUCAACUAUCAGCAUUUCGAAAUUCAAGCCGAACUCAUUCUCCACGAUUCCGACGACUAUCGAUUCGUACACGUGGAGUCUUUCGGCGUUGUCAACGCAUACAAGCCCAGAACGAGCCGCGGAAAUCAUCAGCAUGUCGUUUUUAUCAAAGCGUGGCAGCAUAUUAUCAUUCAUGUGCCCGUCGUGGCAAGUCGGGUCGGCGAAGUUACAUUCAAACUCACCGGGAGAACUCAAGUGGCAAACGAAGAAGCGGAGAUCACAAUAAAUUUCCUACCUGAGGGGGUUCCCCUGCAAAUGCAUCUCGCCAUGAUGUUCGACAUGCGAGCGAUCAGCAAAAAUCUCAAAUACUUCGACUUUAACAUUACGGACACGCCGAUCAUUCCGUUUGACGAAUCGCACAGGAGGUACACUUUCGAUUCUCCGAGCGCUCGAAUCUCGGUCAUCGGUGACGUCGUGGGAGCCAGUUCAGCUGACAUACCUGUCGCCUUGGGGGAAUUCGGUUUCGCAACGGGAGUUCAGUCGGGAGAACACGCUUUAUUCGAUUUCGGCUAUCAUCUGGCUGUACUCCACUAUUUGAGGCUCACCAACCAGAUGGAAACUGACACGUCGAGGAAGCUCUUCGAGCACUUGAACCAGGUUCUAGUCGAUCAGACAGGGUACAUCCGAGAUGGCGCCUUCACCAUGUUCAAGGACCGACCAAGCGUCUGGCUAACCGCUCUCGCUGCCAAAAUUUAUCGUCAAGCCAUAUUCCCUGACUGGGAGUUCAGAUUGUUGUACAUCGAUACCGCUCUGGUUGAAAACUCGGUUCGAUUCCUACUGCGACACCAGGAUCCUCAUGCAGGAUUCUUCUACGAGGACAAUGGUGCCCUGCAUAAUCGCCGACAUCGAGCCUUCAUGUUGGAUGAUCAACGGCAGCUACGCAAUUUUCACAAUGUGACCCUGACAGCUCACGUUUUGAUUACGCUCUCGAAAGUCGCUGACGUUUUGACCGGGUCGCUGCUGGGAGAGCUAGUGAUCGCUCAAAAAGCUGCCGUCGGCUACCUCGAAGAGCAGUUGCCACGGUUGAGGACAUCUUCGUAUCAUUUGGCUAUCUCCACCUACGCCUUGAAGCUAGCGGGCUCCAUCCAGGCUGAGACGGGAUGGAUGCUGCUGCAAACACUACGUCGUGAAACAGAGGGCAUGGUCUAUUGGUCGUCAGUGGACAUUGGUCCCGCAACAGUCGUUUACGAAGCCCAAAGACCCUUCUACUAUGCGAACAUGCCAGCCGAAGACGAUGCUCUCGGUGUAGAAACAACGUCGUACGCGCUCAUGUUAAUGAUGGAAUUCGGUUCGAACGAGGACGAGAGUCAGGUUGUCAGAUGGCUCAACUGGAUGAGAUACACGGAUUUCGGCUUUGUCGGCACUCAGGAUACUCUACUCGCUAUGGAGGCGUUGACCAAAUAUUCGUUCCGGACACAUGUGAGGGACAUCACCGAUCUCAAAGUUAAGGUUCAAGCGAGCGCGAAUCCCGGCAAAGUUCUCGAGCUCAUCGUCAACAAAGAGAAUCUUGCCCAGCGCAAGUUUGUCCAGGUCAAGCCCCCGGUUUACGGUCAAGCUGAGAUUCAUGCCGAAGGGGCCGGCUUAGCGAUCGUGCAGAUGGACGUCACCUACAACGUAGAUCGUGAUUAUCUAUUGGUUCCCCCCGCACAGGAUGCUUUCGAUCUGAGAGUUGAAACAUUGUUCUGGGGGCGCAACAAAUCGCACAUUGAAGUCAGGACGUGUGCCAAGUGGAUCUUGACCCGAGUGUCGAAUUUCAGCGGGGCUGCUGUAGUUGAAGUUAUAGUUCCCACUGGAUACUUCCAUCAUCGACCCAUAAUUGAUCGAUACGUCAAAUACGGGGAUCAACCACGACUCAAAAGAGCUUUCAUAGCGCCUAGAUCCGCUGUGUUCAUGUUCGACACAAUCCCAGCAUAUGACUGGACGUGUUUCAAAUUCCGUAUGGAGCGAUGGUUCCCUGUUGCUAACGCGACGAGAUAUCUGAAAGCCAAAGUUUAUGAAUACAACGCACCCGAAAACUAUAAAGAAAAGAUUUUUGAGACCAUGGAUAUAUGGGUUCAGAACAUCUGUGAUGUUUGCGGUUCCUAUCAGUGUCCGUAUUGUCCCUUCUUCAGCGGCUGUCCUACGAAUGUCGUGAUUCCACUAUACGUGACCGUGGCCAGCCUACUUUUCAUCAUGUUCCAAGAAACUAUGAUUCUUCGUACAGACUGA